ACAGUACAAUAUAUGCUGAAUAUAUUAUUCUGGCCCCUCUACUCAUCGCUGUCGCUGCGCACUGUAAAAACAAUCUCAUCGUUCCAAAAAGCAGCAUAUUAUCUCGGUGUUUUUCUUGCCCCCGCUUUGCCUUCUGCUGGUGUCCUAGUUCGAAUCUCUGCCCACUCACUGUGCGAGCGCAGUCCUCCUCUGGGUGCCAGCCCCAGACCCUCGGAGCUGAAUGGCAUCAGUCCUCGUCCCAUCCUCUUCAACCCCAUCGACAAGCCAAAGCACGCGCGCUUGCAGAACUGCCGGCAACGGCAACGACAAUAUAUAAUGGCUCCGAACCAAGAGCUGCUGUUGCUCAUGUCGGCUGUGGUUCCAGAGUUCCUGAAACUCGCGACCACCUUCACCGACAACAGUGCGGCGGCGAUCGCGGCGCGCCGGCCAUUGGAGAAAGAAGCAUUCUACACGAAGCUCCACGUCGAGUUCAAAAGUCUCGACGAGACGUUGUCCUCGUGGGAUCGCAAUCUUGACAUUCCAGAGCCUGUCGAGCGCACGCUGAACCGCGCGCUGGAUGUCCUUGAGAGUCGUUUUGUCAAGCCUCUGGGCGAACAACACCAGCUACGACCUGGGUUAAUCCGAACGAAGCACGGCAAGCUGCGUAAUUUGCAACGUCAAGUCCAAGCGGCUCGUGCCGAGGGUGCAGACCUCAAAGUGGAGGAGCUGCAGGAAAUGAUACACCUGGCUCACAGAAGAAAGGAUGAUCGCACCCACAUGGUCAAUCGCCUCACAAAGUGCAACCAAGAGCUGGCCGGCCUGGCGGCCAAAGCUGCAGCGCGACAGCCAAAGCAAACCUUCCGAGCCAAGCCAGCCAGGGACGCUGCUCAGACGGUGUCUUCCAAUCUCCCCACCUCCCAGAUCAGAGAUAGCGCCACUUUACUCUACAACAUUGUCACUCAAAACUGGAAAUGCACCGGCCAUAACCCCCAUACGGCAACGAAGUUGCGCUUGGCGACUCAUCGAGGCAGUUCCAGCGAUGCUCGCUUCGAAAUGGCGUUUUGCUGUGCUUCUGAUACCGCAACAAAAUGGCAAGAGAGUGAGAUUCUGCUUGUUCCAAGAAAGAAACGAAAAGCCGCUGGGGUUACCUCCAAACAAGUCAAGACCAAAGGCGUCACGUUUUCCCUGCCUCAGAAAGAGCUAUCCCGUGCCCAAAUCAUCAAAGCAGAAGACCGAUGGCGGGUCGAGGGCAUUUGCGAACUGGUCGACUCUAUUUCGGCGCGGCCUUCCUACCGACUAAAGCUUCUAGUUGAAGAGGAUAACUUGUGGCGUCUAAGUCCGAUCUCUGCUAUUGAAAACAUACAAACCAAACAGCCAGUGUCUUUGGGGGAAUUUUUGAACCUGGAUUCUCGAUCCUUUGAUCGUGCCAAGAAGAGGGAUAAGUUUAUUCUCCAAGUAAUCCUGGCAAAUGGCCUCCUGCACUUCUACAAAGGCCCAUGGUUGCUGAAAGAUUGGAACAAGACACAUAUAUGCUUCUAUCAGGCUAAGAGCCAAGAUCUGCCGGAUUUGACCAGACCCUAUCUCUCGACGCAAUGUAAGCCUCUAGAACAAGGUAGCGAGGAAGAGGAUGUAAGCUUUCGAAUUCAUCCAUACCCCGGUAUCUUGGCACUUGGAAUCCUGCUAUUGGAGAUCGAGUUGGGUCGGCCAAUUGAAGAUCAGAGACCCUCGGACAGCCCCAACAACGCAGAAGGAUUCAAUGUUGAUGCUGAUCGUACGGUUGCUAUGGAAAUGUUGGAGGAGUGUAAGAAUGACAGUUCCAUCGAUUUUAUCAAUGCCGUGGACGCUUGCCUGGACGACAAAACAUUCAUUGAUGAAUUUGGUCGAAACGCAUCCUUCGAUGACCCGGCCUUCCGACAGCAAAUAUUCGAAUUCAUUGUAAAACCGUUAGAGGACGCCUUGGAAAAGGUUUUCGGGAUAUCUGUGGAGAAACUGGAUGCUCUCCCUCCCACUGUUCUUCAUCAAAACAUCCCAAAGCCACAAAAGAGACAAGUGCUCUCACAUUCUGCUCAGAUAUCGCACCAAGCCGACGACGCAUCUAUGAUGCAGAAACCUGAUACGAGAAGUCUGGUAGCCGCAGAGACAUCUGGAAAACUAGGUUUUCAAGUGUGCCUCUACGAUGACAGUGAGGGGAAAGGAACUGUUAGUGACCAAAUGUCCAUACGAGCCGACAAAUGGUUCAUCGAUUUACAAGACAGGGUUCACCCUUUAAUACAAAGGGCCAGGAAUUCGAAUCACUCGGCGGUGUGUAAGGUAUUUCCUCGGCCUGGAAGAGUAAGGAUAGCAAUUCUCGACACUGGUAUUGAGCUACCUGGGGAAGGAUCCUGGGCCUAUGAGGAUCGAAUACGCGAGCAGAAAAGCUGGGUGGCUGAUGACGAUUGCGAUACUUUCCUACAGAGAGGCGACAGAGAUCUAGAUGGUCACGGUACUCAUGGCGCAGCAUUACUUCUUCAAGUCGCCCCAGAAGCCGAUAUCUUCGUGGCCAGGAUUUUCAAAGACCGCAAAGAAAGUAGGGGAAGUAUCAUGGCUGAGGUGAUCCAUAACAGGAUCGCAAAUGCUAUCAAACAUGCAGUCAAGGAAUGGGAGGUCGAUGUCAUCUCUAUGUCGUUCGGCUUCGACCAGUCUGUUGCGAUUAUCGAUGAAGCUAUUCGGUUUGCAGAUGACAAGAAGGUCAUCAUGCUAGCUGCAGCAUCGAAUCAGGGUGGAAACAGCAACAUUGCUUGGCCAGCAAGACUUCCCCAAGUUAUCUGCAUUUACGCUACGGAUAGCCUCGGGAACAGGUGUGAUUUCACGCCAACCGAAUCCCCUCGCAGCGAUAAUUUUGCCGUUCUUGGACAGGCUGUCAAAUCAUGCUGGCCACCCCAUUUAGGGGAAGGAGAAGAAGUCCGCAAGUCAGGUACGUCGACGGCAACUCCCAUUGCAGCUGGUAUUGCAGCCAUCGUUCUGGAUUAUGUGAAACUUGCGUUGCCCAAAUUAGAGCCUGAGUUUGUAAACCGAGAGGCGGGUAUGUUAAGCAAAUUGAGAUCAUCUGCGGGUAUGAGCACUGUCUUUAGGCAGAUGGCGAAGAGGAAAAGAGGGGGAUAUGAUUAUAUAGUUCCUUGGGAUUUCUUGGAUAAGAGGAAGUACAAGGAGACGACUGUAUGUGACAUAAUUCUGGCAGAUCUUAAAGAUAUAUAGCGCUACAAAGUAAUACCCGUUUGCAAAGUCUG